AUGGAUUCAAAGCAGGAGAUGACUGAGGAGCAGAGCCUGGGCCUCCCGAGAAGAGAUGCUAACUCAAAGGUCAUCAUUUUAGAAGACUAUGCUGACCCCUAUGAUGCCAAACGGACAAAAGGUCAAAGGGAUGCAGAGAGAGUGGGUGAGAAUGAUGGCUACAUGGAACCCUACGAUGCACAGCAAAUGAUAACAGAGAUCCGACGUCGUGGUUCCAAAGACCCCCUGGUGAAGGCCCUCCAGCUGCUCGACGGCCCAUGUGAGCCAGGGGAGAGUAUGAAGGUGGAGGCCACAGCCAAGAGACGCAGCUCCAAGGACCUGUUGGGGAAGCCACCACAACUCUAUGACACCCCCUAUGAGCCCUCGGAGGGUGGUCAACGAGGUGCAGAGGUGAAGGCCCGGCCAGCAGACAGCAGGCUGCCAGAGGAGGAUGACCGGCCUGCCGCUGAGUAUGAGCAGCCCUGGGAGUGGAAGAGGGAGCAGAUUGCACGAGCCCUGUCAGUCCAGUUUGAGGGAUAUGAUCGACCUUCCAGCAAAGAGGAGACAGGGAGACCGCACCACUGGCAGAAGACCUUGAAGCCAACCCUGUCAGACCAUAGUGACAGAGAGAAGGUGGACCCAGGCCUGGCCCUGGAAAAGCAGCCUUGGUAUCAUGGCACCAUUACCCGAGCUGAGGCUGAGAGCCGACUACAGCCCUGCAAAGAGGCUGGUUACCUGGUCCGAAACAGUGAGUCAGGCAACAGCAGGUACUCCAUUGCACUGAAGACUAGUCAAGGGUGUGUCCACAUCAUAGUGGCUCAGACAAAAGACAACAAAUACACACUGAAUCAAACGAGCGCCGUGUUUGACAGCAUCCCUGAAGUGGUACACUAUUAUUCCAGUGCAAAGUUGCCUUUCAAAGGGGCAGAACACAUGACCCUACUCUAUCCCGUGCACAAGCUUCACUAAAGUUUAGCCAGCAAGAGCCCAGGCACCUUCGAGGGCAUUGGCACCCACCCAGCAUCACGUGGCCAGGACUCUGCUGCUGCAGACUGGGAGUUGGCGCCUAAAAGUCAAGCAGUCUUUGGUCUUAAAUCCAGGACACUUGGUCUGAUCCGAUCUUUCUCUUCCUGCCAAGUAGCUAUCCUAUAAGAAAGUAUCGCUUGUCUGUUGCCUUCUCCCUUGGAGUAGGAGUUCAGGAGCACUAACUUGUCCCUCCAUGCUGUUCUCUGGAGUGCCUGGCCUCUGAACAACAGAAAACCCCUCGGCCUUUACUAGGACCAUGUGGACUGGAAGAUCCUUCAGUCUGAGCCCCUCAUGGGGAAGUGGAUGGGCAGUGGGAGAAGGCAACAAUGGACAGGAAAGUCGUCUUUCUCCAUGUCCUGAUGCAGCUGUGGCCUUCACACACAUUCACAACUUAUGAGCUGUGCAAGAGGAUUGUCUGGCUGGUGGACCUUCCUAAGAACAGUGUUUGCUUUCUCACUCUCUCUGGACGUCCUCAUCAUUUCUCAACAAAUCAAUAAUACAAGAAAUAAUUGGGUGGAAGAUCCCAGAUUCAAGUGUUACCAAUACCAUCAAGUAGUGACAUCCUUGAUGAAAUUCUGAUUGUUAUUAAAUGUGCUCCAAGUACUUGGUUUCUGAUUUUUAAAAGGCUCUACAGAGCUCAACAACCGAUUUGUUAUUGGAUGCUCACGUAAUUCAGAUAUCUUUUGUUUUCUGUUUGUGCAUUUUAGUUGCAUGGAAUCAUCUUUACAUUUCCUUUCUAAAAUUAGAUUUGCUCUAUAUUUUUAGUAAAUUUUUACAACAAAAUUGGGGUCCAGUUGUAUGAACCGAGUCACUGGUCUGGGAAGAUCUCCCCCUAUGUGCAGAACAAACUAAUUUGUGCCUACAGAAACAUUUUGAAAGUACUGAAGUCAUCUCUACUGCUCUCUGAGACACCAUGCCAUUGUAUUUUUAUCCUUGUGAUCUCUCUAUUGUGGAAAAUCCCACUGGAGUGGCAUGUCAUGAGCAGACACUGUGGGGAAUGGGCUGGGCCAGAACUGGAUGAAUGUUUCUUGUUCAGGUUUGUAAACUGGGCCUCGAGACUGUUCCCAAGGCAAUGCACUGACCACCCUUGGUGGGAAGCGGACGUUUGUAGCUUCUUUCAGAUGCACAAAAAUAUUAACCUGGUCAGACUUCUUAGGAAACAAGGCUGUGUACUUCGCACCCAUCACUCGACUGUGGAGACUGAAACAUAGGAAGGUGUUUGCUCCUGUUUUCUUGAGGAUGUCAGCCGAACGGUUGUGUGACUUUCUCUCUGUUUUAGAAAGUUGAAGGGGCUUUUUUCCAUUGGAGCAUAGUGAUCUUCACAAAGGCUGUUCUCACAGUGGUAAGGUUGCAUGUGGUAAGGUCUGUUCAUUUUAAAGUUUUCAGUAGCCAGAGUUCCAAUUCCACCCAGCAAAUGUUUAUUAUCAUUAUUAUCUUGUAUAUGUGCAUUGUUCACUGCGCUAAACCUAUUUUUAGCUCAUCUCUCUAGCCACAAAGACUUUUUUUUUUUUUUUUUUUGCUUAGCCUUCGUUACUCCUCAAAGGAAAUUGAGCUGUUGUCUUUGGUGAAUGGUAAGAACAUUUAAAAAAAUGUUUCUGUGUGUGAAAGGGUUUGGGUCCACACCCAGUGGCUCUGAUGGAUGCAGGCCUGAUGCAUGGUGUCUCCUGGGCUCUCCAGGUGUUUUCCUUCCAUAUUUGUUUUCUGGAAUUGGAAGUGGAAGAGACAGAAUUUAUAUAUAGUCCAGUCUUCACAGUAGGGAGAGGGGCUACAAAACGCAAAAAUAUCGCAGGUUCGUGGAAGGCCAGUAGGGGAGUGGGUUAAAGCUGCUAUUUUCUUCUUAGGUUGUGACACAAGCUGAUAGAAGCCAGGGAGCUCACAGCUCGGAGGUGUUCUAAAAGCAACUAGGCCCAGCAGGGUGUCCUCACCCCUGUGAGCCUGGGCCAGUUGCUCUGGAGCUUGGGCUUGUCCUCUGAGCUCCAAACACUUGGGCUUCCUUCCAUUUUCUCCUGAUAAAGUAUUUCCCUGUUAUCUUCAUUCCUUUGAGUUGACUGUGUCUCCCAGAAAUUUUUUUCUAGAAAGAUUGUCUUUUGGUAAACCCUCAGGAUGCCUUGAAGUAAACACCUGUAGGGCUGUCCACUUUUUCUCCUUUAGAACAAUGUAUUUGGAAAAACUGCUCUGGUCCAGGGCAUUGACUUAGAAGGGGCCCCUGGGAACAGAGAGUCCCAUGUAAUCUAGCUAGCUACCCAGGAGUUGGAGGCAAGAGUUCAAGACUAGCCUGGGCAACAGAAAGAAAAGAGGAAGGCAAACGGCAUUUCUAUUUCCUGUGAUACCACAGUGGUUUCCAUCAGGAUAUAUUUUAACCCCCGCCCCCCGGUCUGCAUAUUUAAGUAGGAAUCAGCACAGACCAGGAGGAUGCUAAAGAGACAGAGUGGGAGGCUCUUGAGUUUGAGGUUAUUCCUGGAUUACACCUUAGGGCUGGAGAAAUGGCUCCCCAGCUGGAAGCACUGGCUGCACUUUGCAAAGGACCCUUGGGAUUAAAGGCGCGCGCCACCAACGCCCAUCGUACACAUAAACUCUUUUUAAAACUUGAAAAAUAGGAAUAAACUAACAGGGGAUUUUAGUGUGUGUUCACAAAGGCAAGUGAUGCUAAAUGCAAAGUGUCCUUCAGGUAACUGGGAUGCUUUAAGAGGCAGCUGUAAGAACACCUUCCUUUACUCCGGGCCAUUUAAAGUCUGUUCCUGCUGUGUUGGAGUUUGGUGACUGGCCUCUGCCACAGCAAGGGCAGCUGGGCAGAGAAGCUAGAGGGAAAGUCAGCUAUCCUCAAGACAGGUCCUACAGUAAUAGUCCUUGUGUGUUAUUUGGAUUAUUUACCGGUGUUACCACUCAACGACUAGCUGGUGCUGUUGGAUAGAUCAGAGGGGCAACUGUGAGACGUUCUUUAGUUGCUUGUUAAAUGAUUCAGUCCCCUCUGCUAAAAUGUCCUUCAGUUAGAAGCUAAUGCCUUAUUUUCCCUUGCCUCUGUCAUGCUAGGUUUCAUUCCUCCUGUGCAUGCUUUUGAUACUUAGGAUCUCACCGGUCCCGUCCAUGGACCCCACAUCCGUCGUUCAUCUUUCUAUCUUCUCUAGCCAGCACCGGUUUAACCUUACACCCCCUUAGAACUGCUCUUCUUCAUUCUCACUGCCACUUCUUACACCCCACUAACUUGACCCGCUGUUGAGCCUUGUUUGCAAGUUAGCCUCUCUUCUUGGCAGAACCUGUGAUGAAAGAUAGUGUGCUACUGCCAUCUACUGGAACAAGAGAAAACUGCAGCUGAGAAAUAAGCUGAGUGUUUCAAGGUAGUUUGUCUAAAGGAUUUGUGAUGUAGUCCAUAAAUAAAAACAAAUGAUCACACAGCAAUUGCUGUCUUGAAAUAUGCCCUUUCUGGCUGGAGAGAUGGUUCAGAGGUUUAGAGCACUGACUGCUCUUCCAGAGGUCCUGAGUUCAAUACCCAGUAACCACAUUGUGGCUCACAACCAUCGGUUAUGAGAUCUGGUGCCCUCUGCUGGUGUGCAGAUAUACAUGGAAGCAGAAUGUUGUACACAUAAAUAAAUAAAUAAAAUCUUAAAAAAAAAAAAAAAGAAAAAAGAAAAAAAAUAUGCCCUUUCCUAUAUAAAGGGUUGUUUGAUUACUAGUAUGACAGUCAUCCAUGAGGCCCCUGGACCCAGGCUGGGUCAUGUAGCUCACAAUCUCAUUUCUAUUUUUGAAGACUAUGCUGUCAACAGAUCAUUGAGGCUGGCUUCAUUAUGUGAAGUUCUUAGAUAUUCCAUAUGUUGUCCGGAGUAUUUGACAUUUUAAAUAUCAACUAAUGCAUUGUUUUAACUUUUUAAAAUAUUUAAGAGAUUGUAAUGCCAGGUGCCUUGGUAAUCCGUAUUGUAUCUUACAAAUGGAAUCUUAUAAACUGUUGGCUCUCUUGCAUGGGCCAGUGUAACUAUGUGCCUUCCAGAAGAUGGUUUACUCUGAAUGUUACUUUCAAUAAAUGCUUUGCCAGGAAAGACAGUCA